UAAUAUUUUAAAUCCCACUAACCUACUUUGAUUUUGCAACAGGGUAAAUAAUAAUGAGUUGGAGUAAAUACUAUUCUCCUAUUCACUAUAUAGAUCAUUUUUUUCAGUUGACCCACUAUGUUUAGUUUGCAUAGGUGCAUAGGCCACCUGCUCGCGUUUAUUAUUUAUUUUCCGCGUGUAAUCUCCUGUGACAUGACCACGACUAAUAUCUAAUCGCUCGAUAAGCCACAGGGCGAUUGUGAAACCCGACCCAUGCGCGUUAAACGUAGGCUAGAUGACCCACGGACGCGGUUAUGCCCUGGACUUAGCCUUCAAAUAAGCAUUACACAACAGCAGUCACAUCUCACCGGCGACUCGAGGAAACAGCAGUUGUGUGCAAACUUUGCGCUCUCGUCUUUCUAAGUCGCGCGCGCCUGUAACGCUGUCGCUAUGAGUUCGCGAACUAAUAUUUCUUGUUUACAAGAAGCCAAACGAGUGGCUAUUUUUGGAGGCACACAUGGAAACGAGAUGUCUGGCAUAACGCUGGUAAAUAUGUGGAUACAGAAUUCAGCCGAGAUAGAGAGAAACGGACUGGUGGUCAAGCCGUUCAUAAGCAACCCUAGAGCAGUGGAGAAAUGUACCAGGUACAUCGACACGGAUCUGAACAGAGCCUUCACGCCUGAGAACCUCAGUGCUCCAGAUGUUGAAGGUCUGCCAUAUGAAGUCCAGAGGGCCAAGGAAAUUAAUCGGAUGUUUGGACCCAAAGGAAGCUCAGAUGCAUAUGAUGCCAUCUUUGACCUUCACAACACCACCUCAAACAUGGGCUCCACCCUCAUCCUGGAAAGCUCAACAGACCUCUUCAACCUUCAGAUGGUGCAUUAUAUUAAAAAAGCUAUGGUUCCCCACACCUGUUCAGUACUGUUAAACGAACACCCACAGCUGAAGUAUUCAACCACACGCUCUGUGGCCAAACACCCUAUUGGUCUUGAGGUGGGCCCUCAGCCACAGGGUGUUUUGAGGAGCAAUGUAUUCGAAUCCAUGAGGACGAUACUGAAGCAUGCGCUGGACUUCAUCGAGCUCUUCAAUAGUGGUGUAGAGUUUCCUCCAUGUACAGUGGAUGUUUUCAGAGUCCAGGAGAGAAUGGACUACCCCAGAGACACCAAUGGCAACAUCACAGCUAUGGUGCAUCCUCAUCUGCAGGACUGUGACUGGGAGCCUUUGAACCGGGGUGACCCUAUGUUCCUAACGUUCGAUGGGAGAACAGUCCUUUAUGAAGGUGCCAACACAGUGUACCCCACGUUUAUUAAUGAGGCUGCAUAUUAUGAAAAACAGCAGGCCUUCAUGACCACUUGUAGAGAAAUACUAGCUGCUUACGCUAUUAGAAAAGCAUGCAAGUAAUGCUUUCUCUUAACAGUCACUAUGACACUCACAUGUUUGUCAUGUACUGUACUUUAUCUACAUGUCAACUUGAUUUUUCUAAUUCUUGAAUAAAUAUAAUGGAGUUUUAUGACCAUU